GGAGCUGAUCAGCUAUGCUAAAACAAACCCUAUUUUUCAUUUUAUCUUCUUGUGAGCCUAGGUUCUUUUUGAACCCGCUAGGGUUGGCCUAGUGGUGAGAGGUUUGAGUAGUUUGCAAAAGGUCUUUAGGAUCAAGCCUUGUUUCAGCCAUUGUUGUACACAAAAAGGAAGUCUAGGUUUUUUUUCGAGCUUGGCACUUUGGCUUUGCCAUCACUGUCAAAAUCAAACUAGAUGAAUCUGGGCUUUAGGUUACUGAGACAUACAGAUAAAGUAUGAGAUGAUCAGGCUUAGCGUGAUUUACAUGUGUUGGUUGACUUAGGAAAAUAUUAAAUGUCUGACUGCUGCUGAUCUGGACAAGUAUGGUGCGGAUGCAUGGCUUCUUUCUCCUCCUUGCCAACCUUACACGCGACAAGAUUCUUGAGCUCAUGCCAUUUUUAUUGCGGCCUCCAAGUAUGUUAUUUGUGGAAAAUGUUGUUGGAUUUGAGACAUCUGAUACACAUGCAAAACUGAUUGAAAUAUUGGAAAAAACAAAUUUUAUCACACAGGAGUUCAUUCUGACCCCUUUACAGUUUGGAAUCCCAUAUUCCAGGCCUCGUUAUUUUUGCCUGGCUAAGAGAAAACCUUCAUCUUUUGUUAAUGAAUGUCUGAACAACCUGCUGAUUCAAUCUUCACCGCCAUUAUUUGGGCAUUUUGAUACAGUGGCUGAUGAUGACAAUUCAUCAAAAGAGGACAGGCAAAACUUGUUGCAGUCAUGUCAGCCUAUUGAGAAAUUUAUUGAAUUGAAGAACCUUAGCAAUGAUAUAGCUGUUGAAUCUGAAGCUUUAAGGACUGAUUUAUCUAAUGAUGCCCCUAGAACUUUGGGGGAAAAUAAUGGUCAUGAAUAUGAAUCUUUGGACCAGUAUUACGUUCACCCAAGCUUGAUAGAGCGGUGGGGAAGUGCAAUGGAUGUUGUCUAUCCCAUAGUUGUCAAUAGCGACCGUAGUUGCUGCUAUAGCGGCGGGGCGGAGCGGAGCGGCACCCAUCCGCGACGGACACGUGUGGAGCGCGGUUGCGGAGCUGUUUUUCGCGCCGUUACUUCGAAGCACUAGAGGUUCUGUUCUGUGUUGCUUCGACUGCUUUGUUCUUCCAUAGAGAAAGAGGAGGGAAGAGAGAGGGAGUGCGCAGUUUUAAUUCAGGAAAAAAACAUAUAUACCACUAGGGUUGGCUUACGUA